UACAAUGUUUAGUGGCUUUCAAACGAGCGUGUAGCAAACAUGUAUAAGUUGCUGUGUAUAUUAUUGUUUUUACUACACGUGAACGGGCAGGAGUAUGAUGCUGACUGUGUCACGCCAACAGGACUAGCAAGUCACUGCAUCUCUAUCCAUGACUGCGGGAAAUUGAAGCCACUCAUACGACAGCCUCCUGCACAACGGGAGACUCUCAAAUCCUGGCACUGUGGUUAUGAUGGUGACAUACCUAGAGUAUGCUGUCCCCCCACAACGCCAAAGACCCGAUGCUAUACAGUCAUGGGUAAGACGGGUAUAUGCGUCAGCACUCAUGCCUGUCCUAGCAUUGCGUUACUUCUGAAGCCACCCGUCAGUAGUGCAAAUCUGGAGUAUGUUAUGCGGUCGAAAUGUCGCGGUCCGGCGGAAUUGAACGUAUGUUGUGAAGAGCCGGUACGAAAGCCCACGCCUGAGCAUAUGAAAGCGAACAUAACAGCAGAUGACAGGAUUAAUAUUAUCACUUCGAAUCCUAUUGAGAAAGUCACAGCUAACCCUGUAUCAUCGAACAAUCUGCCCAACACGAAUUCCAUAGAUAUACCAAACUGCGACACGGUAGACAUUCCUAACCCAGAUAGUGGUUGCUGUGGAAUCGACAGUACUGGAGGAAACAGAAUUAUCGGAGGAAACGCUACUGCAAUAGAUCAAUAUCCGUGGUUAGCUCUCCUAGAAUACUCCAACACACGUUGGAUAUGCGGUGGAACACUUAUUAGCAGACGUUGGGUCCUAACUGCUGCGCACUGUCUCGUCACGCACGAAAUGAAGAGCAGAAACGCACAAAGUGUCCGCCUUGGGGACUAUAACAUAACGAAUCCUGGCAUCGACUGUGUUGAAGUCGAGGGUGGUGGUACUGAUUGUAUUGCUGAGCCACUAUCAAUUACCAUCAAUGAAACGAUAAUUCAUCCAGAAUAUAGGGCUCCAAAAACAUUUGUUGAACCAAACGACAUUGCAUUAAUCCGCCUCCAGGAGUUGGCUCCUUAUUCAGACUUCAUUAGACCGAUUUGUCUCCCGCUCUCCGACGUGCUCCAAUCACCACCAGCGAAUAUGAAACUGUUCGUGGCAGGAUGGGGAGCCAUGAGUGAAACGAGAUCAUCAAGUGACGUUAAAUUACACGUGGACUUGCCGUUAGUUGAUCAACAGAGCUGCCAAAAACUAUAUUCCCUGAAGGGAAAGCCAAUAAUAUGGGAUAAGCAGAUCUGCGCAGGCGGCGAGGAUAACAAAGAUUCCUGUAGGGGCGACUCGGGUGGUCCUCUCAUGUACGCGGAAGAAGAAAAGGCAUCUCAGAUUACCGGUAUCACGAGCUUCGGCGUAAAGCAGUGCGGUUUUAAGGGAAGACCCAGUAUUUAUACUAAGGUCAUUUCGUAUGUAGAUUGGAUUAGAAGUGUGGCUACGCCGUGAUUGUAUUAGUCAAACAAACCUAGUGGACUUUGAAUUGUUUAUAAUAGACAUAGAAGAAUUAAAUUUUAGUUAAUAUCCCAACGGGUUGAUAGGUUGUACUGAUUUUUUAAAAUUCGUAUAUAAAAGUUGUAAAUUUGAAACAUACUUGUCAUUAGUGAGAAUUGUGUGUUGUGAUUUAUGUUACGAGUGAAGAAUUAAUUGCUUGUAUUAAAUAAGAUAAAUGAUGACUAUAGCCGACGAAGAACGCAAGAUGCAAUCGCAAAGUAAUAAUGAAAAAAUAAUUCUAAUAGCUAACACAAGUAGAUCUCUGUAGGCAAAAUCUCUAUAUCACUAACAGUUUAAAAAAUUCACGGAGUACCAGAGGACUUUAGUCUCGUGACUCAUGAUCAUUUAUUAUUAGAUAAACUUUCAUUAGGGGUCAUAUUUGAAUAUUGUACAUAUUAAUUUUAAUCUACUGACUUUACCAUACAUUGCUCAUUUUUGUCAUUACUGUUAUCUGAACAAAUCGUUGAAACUAAUAAUUUUAUUAUGUGUAAUUACAUUUACCUGACACGUUUAGGGAGCGUUCAAGUAUUACGUAACAAAUUAUACUAAAACGUUUUACUAUUGGAUACAGAAACGUUACGGCGCGUUUCAUGGCGGGGAGGGGGGGGGGGGGGGCAAGAAUCUUCAAAAAUUGCGUGACGUUAUACUCGAACAAAGGUAAAGAAUGACAUAAAUCAGAGAUGAAAUUAUAAAAUAAAGGUUUUAUAUUACAAUAAAGUAGAAAAAAAUAAGUUUAUAAUUAGGUAAACGUGUUUCGUACUUACUAUUUAAAAAUGUAUACCCAAUUGCAAUUAAUAUU